UGACCUUCUCAGCAAAAAUUGUCUGGUUAGCUUUCGUUGACGAUGCGAAAUUUUGGAGGGAAGUUUGCAACCAAGAUGAUAAGCCAGUAUUUCAGAAGGAUCUGACAUAAAUAUAAAGUUUGGUGGAUAACAAGUGACUUACUUUUAGUACUGCAAGGAAUAAACUAGUCUAUUUGAGAAAUAUUGCAGUAAGGAAUUUUCCUCAGAAAUACAGCAUCCGCAGCUAUGUUGUCUUCGCAUAACAGAUGGACCCGAACUGCCAACUUCGUGCAAAUUUUGUGGAAAUCCCUAAAAAGUAAUAGCCUUCCCCAAAGGUUGAGUAAAUUUUGGGGAAAAACCCAAUGUUUGUAGAAAUUUUGAAAUUAUGCGGAGCGUAUUAUUUCAGAAUAUUAUUUCAUAUCCAUUGGAUUAUUAAACCUUAAAAUAUUAAAUUACAAUGAAUAUUCGUUAAUUUUUAUACAAUAAAGAAUUUUUGUCAGGAAUAGUCUAUCGAAUUUCAGGUCUUGUUUUAGUACGUCAAACAGGCUCGAGUUGUCGGCUUUAACCCACUUUUCCAAAAAAAUUCGAACGCCAUGCAGGCCCAAUAUAAAUCAAUAUGAUCAUUGUAAUUAUGGGACCAUGUGGUUGUGGGAAAUCAACAAAGGUGAUGACUAUCAUUCUGAAGGAAAUCGAUUAAAAAUGUCUAUGGGUAUUCCGCUGAAUGAUGAAGAUCGUUUUCCAUGGCUUCAGUCACUAAGAAGUGAGUUAGUGCAACACAAGAAUGCCAUAUUAGCAUGCAGUGCCUUGAAAAAGUCCUACCGAAAUGUUUUAUCCAGUAGCAACGAUGCAAAUAACCAAACAAAGACACUUUUUGUGUUGCUAAGUGCAAAUAAAAGUCUGCUAGAGAAGCGGGUCAGUGAGCGCAAGGGACAUUUUGCACACCCUUCACUUAUAGAAAGUCAGCUAGAAACAUUGGAGUCAUUUGGAGAAGAUGAGAAAUACCUUGUUAUUGAUGCUAGUGACUCUCUCAUGAAUAUUACUCAAAAGAUUAUCAAUAGUUUGUCCACAGGAUAACGUUUCGCCAAACAAUAAGCUUACUCUAUAUAUACAAAUAAAUCUGGAGACGACCCAACAAAAGCGUCGUAAUUCUGGGAAUUUUCACAUUUAGGACAGUGCAUAUUUUGAGAUUUACAAUGAGAAGCACUUGCUCACUUAUAAGUAGUGCUGUAGAGUAAGUAAAAGCUACAAAGUAGCAUUUGCUAACAAAUUCUUCAAGCCAAUAACUUUUAUUUGCAUAAGAGUACUUCUAAAUGAAGCCGAUAAUUUAUGACAUGAUGCUUGUCAAAAUUAAAGUGUUAAUUUGAUUUGUUUACAUCAAAUUGGAAACUUUUUUACUCCGAAUAUUUUAGCUAACAUCAGUUUAUGAAAAUUAAGUUCAGAAACACACAAGAAAGCUUUAGGAAAAGCUAUAUCAUCUCGACGUUCUUUUGUCGAUACUGUGUUAUGAAAAGUUGCUACAUGUUGACUAAAUUAGGUGCUAACUAGGCUAACAAUUACUUUUCACAUCUAGUAACUCUGGAAAUCAUAUAGCAGACAUACAGUAUGAGUAAUCAGCUCUGUAGACUAAGCAAUUUGUACGCUGAAACAAAAUUUACAAUAGGUAACAUCUAGACGGUAUGAGGUCAAGAAGAACACUCAAUUCACGAUAAUUAUUUUUUAAUAAUUUCGUUCUUGCCGAAUUCCAUGUUAUUUGAGUGUUUGUGUACUAGUGCACUUUAAUUUCUUAAUUACUACUCAUAUGAAACCAUGCAGUAUACAAAUCCGUUUGUUUUUAAGCGAGUGAAGUAAAAGUUGUUCUCGAGUCAAUAUUGAUACAUACUUUCUAUGCACAAACCCGACUACUCGGAAGAAAAGAUGGAUAGUGAGAAAGGAAGUUUAUUUAACUAAACUGAAUUGAUUGUAUGUGAACCCAUUUGUUUAUUUGUUCUUUAGGAAAUCAAAUCUAUCAGUGGUUUAUAUUUUCCUUGAAAAAUUAAGCCAUUUGUUGGUCAACCACAUGCACUUAUAAUUUGGCGAUUUCUGAAUGGCACACUGUCAAAAACUUCAUAAAUAGGAAUUACAUUUAGGGAAUUUUCCGCUGGUUAUAUGUAUAUUAACAUUUCCUAUAUUAGUAUAAUUUUGAUGUAGUGUAUCACGGUAAAGACAAACAAAAAUAUGUACAGCCUUCAUAUUUCUACAAGUCACUGAUCAACAUCUUUUCCAGCAUCUGAAUCGCUUGACAAAUCGCUAUUUAGUCGAUCAGCAAGGUGGUCAAGUUUACGAAUUGAUUCAUCCAGAUCUAAAAUGUGAAAAAGUUAAGCGACUUAAAAUAAACCUACCAAUAUGGCUUGUAAAUGCAGGUACUACUGGACUCGUCAUUUUUUGAAUAACAUUUGAUGACUUCGCUGUAUUGUUACCAUAGCAAUGAUAAGUUUCUGGAUAAAACGAAUGAAGUGCAUUCUCUAGAGUUUGGAUUUUGGAUUUGUAGGUAUUCUCAAUACUGUUGAUCUAUGUGUUGAACCAACGAAGAAAAAACUAAAGAUAAAAUUGUGAUAAAAAGUGGGAGAAUUGUCUACAAUCGAUUUGCCUUUAGAUGCAUCUCACUAGUUUAAGACCUCUAAUUUUAUACACAGGUUAUGUUCCUACGACAAUUGUGUCUUGGAAGUACUAGAUAUAUGUCCAAUAUAGUUACAACACUAAACAAAUAUUACUACAUGGAACUAAAUACACAGGAAGGAAGUAACUAGAACCUUGAACGAAUGUUUUUCGGCUUGAACAUAACACCUGUGUAAAAAAAUAGAACGAAAGCAAUGAAGAAAAACAGGAAAUAGUCUAGUUGUCGGAGGAAAAUAGUGAUACAUCUGUGCCACUAGCAGCUUUUGAGUUAUAUCACCUGACAGCUGACCCAUCUGAAAAGUUAGGGCACUUGGAUCCGACCAACGAUAACAUCAUUAAUUGAUGUCAUAUUUCGUUGUGAAAAGCCUCUUCCCCUCCGAAACUAAUUUUAUGUCAGCAAAAAUAGUGAUUUGAAGUAGAUGGUGUUUGGAUAUGAGUAUAUGAAAUAACUAGUUCGAUAAACUGAAAAAUGCUAUCUUAGCUUGUAUUGAUGUCAAAUAUGAGUCAUUUGCAGGAAUUGUUUUAAUUAUAUGACCACACAAACGCAAACUGUAAUUCUAUUAUAUGAAGUAAUAACAGAAGCACAGUGUCAAAAAAUGCUUAAUAUAAGCAACUGUUAUAUCCAGAUAAGGCUCGUAAUAACCUAGAAUCGUACUAAGGAGAAAGAUAAAAGAAUAUUAUUUACAAUAAAAUGGGUAGCGUCAAUGAAAAUUUACAUUCUUAACAACGGGAAUGAGUCCCAAUCUGAAAUAGAUUUCUUAUAAGUAUUGUAAUGAAACUACGUUGGAUCUAAUCAUGUACAGACACGUCAUCUGUCUUUAAAGGUUAACAAUUGAGAACGCUCAAAUUAUUGUUUGAAGUUAAGUACAUCUACUACUUCGAAGGAUAUCUUAAUUAGUAAACCUGUCUUUUCUACAUUUUAUAAAACAUGAUUUUAAUCUGGUUGUAUGCCGAAAAUAUCUCUUUGAGUUCAUAAGAAAAUGAAAACAAAAUCUUAAAGUCACCUGUAACUUUCUUUCAUUAAUUUCUCGAUCUACACGGCGUUCAGCCCGACGUAGUUCCGUUAAAGCUUUGAUGAAACUCUACCCAAUCCAAUGUAUCCUCGUAUUUUGUUCAAUUCGUCUAAAGCUUUCGUUUGACUUCGUAAAAGAUAUUCAUUUUCCUGUUUCAGUUCAUUAACAAAUUUGUUGGUGUAAUUGAAUUGUAUAUCUUCUGAAUUGAUUCCAUCAAAAUGACCAUCAUCGUUUAAAUCAGCUGAAUUCUUGUUUAGUCUGAAAACAAAUUAAUAUAACUUAUUUUUAAUAAAUCUAUGAUACGU